AUGGCAGUAGUAAACAAUAUAGAUUUGUUUGCAAAUAUCCCACGAGAAAUCACCAUAGAUAUUCUCUCAAGACUCCCCAUAGGAAGCAUCAUCAACGCCAAAUUCGUGAGCAAGGAAUUCCGUGACGUCAUCGAGAGCCCCGACUUCCAUCUCUCCGAACCCCAACCGCACCUCCUCGUGAUUCCAUACACCACCACUUCUUCAUCCACAUCUUGGCACGCUAAAUUCUUGAAGUUGAAGGGUGAUAGAAUCGCCCCUAACACGGUGGCCUUCGAGUUGGCCGUCCCCGGCUACACACCCCUCCUACUUAGCUCCAUCAACGGUUUGAUCUUGCUAUCGGAGUACCACGAUGAUCUCCCCCUUCAUCAUCUAUCCAUAUGCAAUCCCAUCACCCGCGAAUAUGUCACACUUCCUAAUCCUCCUCCUCCAGAGUAUCACUACUCGCGAAACAGUAGUUUUGGACUUGGGGUGAGUAGAAGAACCGGCCAAUAUAAGGUGGUUCGGAUUGUCCAACUUGAUGGUAAAGAGCACGAAUGUCAAGUAUACACUUUGGGAACGGGGAAAUGGAGGACCAUUAUUGAGGGGACCCCACCUGUGAAGUCAAGGGCCGUGUGUUCGUUCGUCGGUGGGAAUCUUCAUUGGCUAGUAUGGAGUGAGGACGAGGACGAGGACGAGGCGGAGGUUUCUAGGUUUGAUCUCGAAACAGAGGUCUUUACUACUUUGCCUGUUCCUCCUCGUUGUCACGACCUUACUAGUCAUAGGAGCCUUUAUGUUAUUGAUGAUUGCUUGUGUUUGUGCGAUGAUUCGUGGUCGACAUCAAAUGGUCAAAUUGUGAUUUGGUUGAUGAGGGAUGGCAAAUCUUGGACUAAGGAUUUUUUCAUAUAUAAAACUUGCCACUAUAGGCGUUUAUUUGGUUACCUUACCCCAUUCAAAGUGUUGGAAAAUGGUGACUUAAUUAUGUGGGACCGUACAACGGCGUGUAUAUUUUGCUACUCCAGCAAAACAACAUAUAUCAAAGACUACACUAAUUUUUUUGAUCCAUCCUUUGAUUUCCAAAGCAUUGCGCUUCUUUAUACCCCAAGUUUGAUUCCGCUCAAGACAUUGUUCAUGGAGGAGGAUGUUCGCUCCUUUUAA